AUGCAUUUAACUGCCUUCCUCGUUUUGUUUUGCGUCUUUUUUUCCCACGGCAGUAUCGGCUCUGUGCGAUGUCUCAUGCGAAAAUACCAUCUGUUUUUGAGUCGUCCCGCACGUGGUAGCGCGUUUUCGCUUUGUGGGAACGGAGCGAAGAGGAGGCGAUCUACAAAGGGUAGCCAGUGGAUCAGUGACCCCUCUAAGGGGAAACUAAACCGAGGGACAACUCCAACGUUGGGCGGUGUCCCCGUGAGAAGAAACCCAAACGAGCUUUACCUUUUCAGAUGGAUCAGAAACGGCUUUGGUUUUUUUAACUGGUUUGAGAGCAGCGAGAAUGAGAAAUUCUGCGAGGACGUCAUCACUCACCUGGGGGACAUAAAUAAAAUGAAGCAGCUCACACGGAGUCACACCAACAGCAACGUCAUGGAAGGAGAAACAAUGAAAAGAAUUUUUCACCACGUCCUAACCUCCUCGAUCAGCUACAGAGUCUUAAAUUGUGUGUCCUACCUGAUUAGGCAUUACAAAGUGGACCGAUCGAAGCUGUGCACCCUGCUGAACGAAUUAAGCGACCAAGUGCAGGAAAUGAGGGACGCAGAAAACUUCCUGGCGUUGCACCUUUUCUUCUUGGAGGACGAGAGCGUGGCGCUCUUUUCCAUGGUGCACAUAAUAGACUUUUUCAGAAGCAAACGGAGGUUGAUGGAAGCCCAGGACGUCAUUCGGAAAAAAAUCUACGAGCAGUGCGUGAAUGACCUCAUCAGAAAAAAAGUCAGCAAGUACAAACUCUUCUGCGAACGGAAGGGAAUCCCAUUCCAGUUGGGGGAUGCAUUAGAUAAGAUUCGUUUGCGUGAAAAGGAGGAAGACAUUUACUUCAGUUACAACCACGAGGAGCUGUUAAGGGCGUUUGUAAGAAAGGUUUCUUUGGAAAAGGGAAAGGGAUUGGGUAAUGCAGAAUUGGGAGAAAACUUCGGAGAAGGCGGCUACGUGGGUGACGUGAACAGAUUACGAAACGUGGCUAGUUACCCCAGAAGAAGUCACACUGAUGAGUAUGCUGCGGGUCACAUAUCUGGUCGAACCACCGACCAACUGGCUGACCGUACCGAUGACCACGCCGCCGAGCGUGUAGCGGAUGCGUCCGCCCAGGCGGAAGAAAACGAAAACCUGAUGGAGCUGAAAAAGACGUAUGAGGAGGUUCAGUCCUUUAACGACUCGAUAAUAAAACACAUCGAAUCGAACCAGCGGCUCUUCUACUUUGAUGAAAACGAAUCCGAGUUUAGGAAGCAGGGAAAGCAGUCCAACGGAGAGGAGGCGGAGCAGCAGGAAAAGGAAGAAGAAGAGGAAGAAGAGGACAUGGAGUCGAUCCAGAAAAGGAUAGACAGCUACAUACACGAGUGCACAAAGAGCAAAAACAUAUCUAUGGAACAAUUUACUAAUGAGUUUGUGCAGCAGGCAGACGUGAAUUUCCAGGCCUUCCUCAAGGGACUGCGAUUGGGGGAAGGAGACACAAACAUUGAUCGGGAAAGCGCAGACGGGGUAACUACAAACAACGCAAUGGAGAAUGGGGGAAGCGUCUCAACUGGAGGGAUACCCCGUAAGAAGGACGAAAUAACCACAUUUAAACUGAGGAAAAUGUACGAAGGAGACAAAAACGACGACUCCGGGUUCCAUCUCACAAACGACAUCCUCUACGAACGACUCAGGAUGAGAAUGCUCCACCUGCUGCAAAAAAUCGAAUACCUGAAAUUUAAGUACCAGCAUGACAUAAUUAAUGAGAGAUAUCCUAUCGAGAAAAAUGAGAAAACCGUUUUGGACGUUUUAAAGUAUGGUUACAAGAUUGUUGUUUCGCCUGACGUGGAUAAUUCUAUAUUUAAGCAGAACCAACAUGUGAAUGGGGGUCUCCCCUCUAGUGUAUCUGCCAACGAGCAUGUUUACGACUUCAAGUGUCGCGAAUGCGACUACCACAUUUUCAGCACCGGUAGGAUGGACCGCGAGAAUCAGUUUUCAGAAGAGAUAGAGACGUGUCCGCAGUGCCACGCGGGGAAUUGA